AGGACCGCCACCUACCCUGCAACGAGGCCUUCAAUCGUUCCAUCUGAGAGUUCAUUGCAGUCCACAAACUCCCGUGCCCAAGAUGCCUCUCACGAAGGUUUCUCGUGUCUCGAAUCGCGGAGGAGUCACGAAAACUACCCCCGUGAAACCCAUACUUCCACCGCAAGGACAAUCGCCCCUCAAAAAGCCACUACGGAAGAGCGAGUCAACGAGGGCACAAGAUUUUGAGAAAGAGACAACACCUCGCGCAAAUAAGUACGGAACACACGCAGAGGCAGUGGGUCAAUCGAACUGCAAGACCGGAAGGAGAGGCACGUCCAUCACGCCUCAGAAAAAGAGAGGAGAAGAUGUCGAGGGCAAGAGAAUGCGUAGGUACAGAAGCAAGCCUCCGGCUUCAUUCCUCGUGAAGCUCGAGCGAGCACAGACUCAGCGCAUGAUUGUGCUCGGUCGCAAACGCAGUAUGAGGGCAGGGGCGCCGUCGGAAGACAUUGACAUUGUCGGCUCGACCGGCAACAUCUACACUGUCACCGUCAGCCACUUGCCGACCUGCACCUGUCCCGAUUCCCUCAAGGGCAACGAAUGCAAACACAAGGUCUACGCCCUUCACACUGUUCUCAAGGCUCCCCUGCAUCUCCAGUACCAGCUUGCUCUGCUGACUCCGGAGCUUGACGAAAUAUUUGCCCAUGCGCCUCCUAUCCCCACCGAUCUCUCCGAAGACGCCAAGGGCAGCCGCAAGCCUACCGAUGGCGAAUGCCCAAUCUGUUACAUGGAACUUGACGAGGAGCACAACGAGCUGGUCUGGUGCAAAGUGCAAUGCGGCCACAACUUACACAAAUCGUGUUUUAAUCAGUGGGCUAAGAGCCAGGCGGGCAAGGGAGUCCGUUGUGUCUACUGUCGGACAUCCUGGGAAACGGACGUCUCGGAUGUUGAAGCGAUCAAAAGGACGGCAGAAUAUACCCAAGACGGCUACGUCAAUGUUGCCGACCAUUUUGGCAUUUCCAGAGCGAGAGAAUACUCAGGCUAUUAUCAGCCUUGGGUCAGACGCCGGUUUGGACAACAGUGGUGAUUGACUCUUCCUGCAAUGUACCACCAACCCGCCCACUGGGCCUUUUACUGCUGAAUACUGUUGGAGCGGAUAAUACUCCUAUCAAGCAUCUCUCCGCUGGCCAGUACAGACCGGUCUGCUCCGGAGAGCUAACCAAAAAUUUGUAUGAACUCAAGCGUGACACAAUAUUCCUUGUAAUUGUUUCUGUGUCACCAUCAGCUAGCACGAAUAAGGUACAGUCAUUCGUGGAACUUGAAGAGCUUCAGAGCUAGAGACCAUGUCUGCGAACAAGGAUAAGAAUAUAUCUCGUACGACCAACACAGCCUUUUGUUGACUCGCCUGAUGGGAGUGCAUGUAGGCUGACUAGCAGAUUCAUACAUAUAGCUGCCUCCAGUAUCCGCGGUAUCUGUAUGGAGCCUUGGACCUGUCAGAGAGCUCGAGAAAUGCCAUUCAUUAUGCCCAGCGCUGUACGGUGAGGAAAUCACAUACACGACUCCUCUC